AUGCCAUUCCAUGCUCAUCUCCAUGAACAAGGGCAGCAAGUACCGAGCACUUCGUCAGGUCUCCUCCAAUCUGCGCUAGGAUUGGGAGCGGUUGCCGCCCCAAACCUUCGAUCUGCGGCGGGAGUCUCCUCAGGCACCACCUCUGCAGGAACAGACACCUUCGCGCAGGGUAGCGACGCGAACUCAUACAGCAGCAGUAGAGGUCAAGAUGAUAUGGCCCAGCACCUGAACAGUGGGAGAGGGGGGAACGAUACGUCGUCGGCGCCAUUGUCAGCGUCGGGAUCAACGCUGCCCAACGAGUCCCAGCAAUUCAAUAUUAAUACUCCCCGGAGCACGCACACACAACGAGCAUCUGCAGACUUUCGCAUACCCUCCAACGCACCGCCACUGCAAGGAUACAGCACGCCCCAGCAGCAGCAAACACAAUCUUUCCAGGACUUGGCGUACUCGGGCAGCGCUGCGCCGUCUUUCAGUGUGCAGCAAGCCACGCCGCUGGGCUCCCACUCGCACUCCUCGAGUAUCCUGCCCUCCAACGCCGGGUCCGCAUUGAACAGUACCCUACCAGGCUCUCUGCAGCCUGCGGGCGGCGCCUCGAGACCAGCGACAUCGUACACGGCGCCCACCACAUUCCCCGCCAUGCAGCAACCACCGUUGCAAUCGAAUGCCUCGCAGUACGCAAAUGCGCAAGCACAACCGCCGUCGCGUACCAACACACUGCAUAGCCAUUCACGUAGCAGUCCGGGCAACAUGGACGGCACGCACAAGUACAUUCCCUUCAACCAGACGCCCACACAAACACCCGUGACGUCCAAUCCCAAAGCGUACAACCUCUCGAAUGCGCAUACGCCCUCCACUGGUCCUUCUCACAGCCCUCUGAAUCUCACAGACAUACGAUCACGGGCGAUCUCAGACGCCAACGAAGGUCCACAAGGGACAGCAUUCUUCAGCUAUUCAGAUUCGCCAACGAAUUCCAAUUACCUAGCGCCGUUUCCGACAUACGCCUAUGACUGGUGCAAAUGGCCUGUACCCGGUGGAAACAGCGCUGGAAAGAUGGCAGUGGGCAGCUAUUUGGAAGAUCCGCACAACUUUAUACAAAUCCUCGAUACACAAAUCACGCCUCAAGAGACGAGCGGGCAUGGAGGAGCACCGUAUGGGCUGGAAUACACAAAAGUGGCAGAAGCGACGUGCGCGUAUCCAGUGACAAGGAUACUAUGGGAACCGCCGAGUACCCAGAAAACGAGCACAGAUUUGUUGGCAACCAGUGGUGACCACUUGCGAUUAUGGAGCCUUCCUGCGCCCGGGACACCGCAUUCAACGAGCAGCAUCAACCGAAGCGCGAGUGCCAACACAAGAGAACCAGCGCCACAAAAGCUGCAACCUUUGGCGCUGUUGUCCAACAGCAAAACGCCAGAGCACACCGCACCUUUGACGUCGCUCGACUGGAACACGCUUUCACCAAAAUUGAUCAUCACUUCAUCGAUAGACACUACAUGCACGAUAUGGGACAUACCGACGCUAACCGCAAAGACCCAGCUCAUUGCACACGACAAAGAGGUCUUUGAUGUGCGGUUCUGUGCCGGCUCUGUGGAUGUGUUCGUAUCAUGUGGAGCUGACGGCAGUGUCCGCAUGUUCGACUUACGAAGCCUGGAACACUCGACAAUCAUCUACGAGCCGGCAGAGAAAGGCGACAAGUCUUCAUCCCCAACAGCCUCAUCCCCAACCAAAGGCGGACAGACGUUAUCACCAGCUCCUCCACUUUUGCGCCUAGCAGCAUCGCCGCACGACGCACACCUGCUAGCAACUUUCGCUGCAGACAGCAACCUGAUUCGCAUCCUAGACGUGCGACAACCCGGCACAGCACUUCUAGAACUUCGCGGACACCAAGCAGAUCUCCGAAGCAUAGAAUGGAACCCAAGUCGAAGAGGCAUGCUAGCAUCAGGAGCCGACGACAGCACGGUCCUGAUCUGGGACCUCCUCAACUCUCAAAACCAGGCCUCCGUGCCGCCAGCCGCGAACGGGAACGGAACUGGCGGCGAACCAACAGCCAAGGGGCCUUUCGCGAGCUGGAGAUGCGAGUAUGAGGUUGCCAAUGUUUCAUGGUCGCCGCAGAGUACCUUGACCCAACAAGGUGGCGAUUGGCUUGGUGUUUGUGCUGGAAGGGGUGUGUGGGGUGUUAAGCUCUAG